AGCGCGAUUACAACAAUCAAUCAGCCACUCAAUUUUGUGAUCACACGACGGCCGUUUCGCCGGAUUCCUCUGUUUUUCCAAAUUUUCCACCACCUCCUUCUACUUUACUCCCAAAACUGAAGUCAAAUUCGAAGAAAUUUUGAACUCUCCGGGCAAGUUUCUUCAAUUUCUUGCAACUAUCAUCCACAUUUUGAAAGCUUUAAGCGAUCGAGGUAGCUGUGUGAUGGGGGUGGAUUACUACAAUGUGUUGAAGGUGAACAGAAAUGCGAAUGAAGAUGACUUGAAGAGGUCUUACAAGAGGUUAGCUAUGAAAUGGCAUCCUGAUAAGAAUCCUUACAACAAGAAAGAAGCGGAGGCCAAGUUCAAGCAGAUCUCUGAAGCUUAUGAUGUUUUAAGCGACGCUAAGAAGCGUCAGAUCUACGAUCUCUACGGCGAGGAGGCUCUUAAGUCUGCUGAUUUUGUUCCUCCGCCUAAUUCUAAUCCUUCUUUUUCCUAUGUUCCUCGCGAUGCCGACGACAUUUUUGCCGAGUUUUUCGGUGGAGCUGGGAGUGGUAAGAGCCGAGGGUUUAGAGGAGAGAGUUUGUUUAAGAAUGGGAAGGUGGAGACUGGGAAACAAACGAAUAGAAAAGCUCCGCCAGUUGAGAGCAAGUUACUGUGUAGUUUGGAGGAGCUUUACAAAGGUUCCAGAAGGAAGAUGAGGAUUUCCCGCACUGUCCCUGAUGAAUUUGGGAAACCAAAAACUGUUGAUGAAGUGUUAAAAAUAGAUAUUAAGCCUGGUUGGAAGAAGGGGACAAAAAUCACUUUCCCUGAGAAAGGCAAUCAAGAACCUGGUGUUGCUCCUGCUGAUCUCAUAUUUAUCAUCGAUGAGAAACCCCAUUCUGUUUUUGAGAGGGAUGGUAAUGAUUUGGUUGUCAAUCAGAAAAUAUCUCUAUUAGAAGCACUCACUGGAAAGGCAUUGAACAUUACAACUUUGGAUGGAAGAGAUCUCACUACUGUAACUGAUAUUGUCAAACCGGGUUACGAGGUAGUGAUCCAAAAUGAAGGAAUGCCCAUCUCUAAAGAACCAAACAAGAAGGGGAAUCUUAGAAUCAAGUUUGAUAUCAUUUUCCCAUCAAAGCUUACUUUUGAACAGAAAUCUGAUCUAAGAAGAGCUUUGGGUGGUUCUGAUUAAGAAGUUAAGCUCAGGAGCAGCCACAAGGACGAACCUUCGAUGCAGAGAAUCAAUAAUGCAAGCUCGAAAACAUGUAAAUACUUGUCUUACUCUCCGAAAAGGAACAUUGUGCAUAUUAGGAUUUUGAAGAACUGCUUGAUUGAUUCCUGGAAAUAAGAUUUAGGAAGGGAAAUCUAGCGUUCUUCAUCCACUGCCCUUGUAGCCAAAAGUUAACUUUGACUUGAUUAUAAUAAUGUUGCAUCAUGUGAUCAUACAUAUUUUUACGGGAAGUCAAUGUAAGAUUAUAUGUAUUUUAUUAGCUUGGAAUUUCGUGUAUACUUUUGCAUCCACUGUUGUUGAAUAAUCUAUAUAAUGUCCUUUUUCUUA